GUCCGGUUGUGUGUAGGUGUCCGCGACGCUUUCCGACAAGCGCAAUGCACGGGCCGGAAUCGGCGUUCGCGACAGUCGUAAACCCUUUACACGUGGUGCCCAAGAGUGACAGCAUUCGCCCAAUCAUCGAUCCCACAGCGUCCGGCGUCAAUGCAUGCAUGCAGCAGCUUCCGUGUAAGCUCCCGAACCUGGCGAAUCUCACGCAGUACGGUUACCUGGGCAAGCGGGAUCUGGCGUCGGGCUUCCACCACUGCGUGCUGGCACCGGAGGCACGCCGCUUCAUGGCGUUCCGCAACCCAGCAAUGGGCGCUUUGCAGCGGUACGUGGCCCUGCCUUUCGGCGCCAGCCAGAGCCUGGCGAUCUUCUGUGAGCUCACAGCGGCGGCGACCACCAUCUUCCAGUCACAGUGCGACCGGCGCGGGCUGCAGGUCCGCAUCUUACGUACUGCGACGACUUCAUGAUCAUCGGGCAGCAACACGCGGACGUGGUGGGUGCUUUUGCGGUCAUGGACGCGCUAGGCGCGGAACUCGGCUUCACCUGGAAGCUGGAGAAGGACCAAGGGCGGGACACAGCAUGCCAGCAGCUGGAGUUUUUGGGCAUGAUGUUUGACACGGUGCGGCUAGAGAUGCGCAUCACGCCGGACAAGCGGCAGCGAUAUGCAGCAGCGCUACGCGCGCUGCUAGACGCAGCGGAGCAAGGGGCGGUGCAGCGGCAAGAUCUGGAGUCAGUCGC